GCGACCCCGCGCCGCUCGCUCACUCCGUCGCCGGCAAGCGUCGCGCUCGCACGUCCCAUCACUACGCAUUCGAUUCAAACUUUCGAACGCGCUCUCGGAGAUAACUUCGAAAUUUUUAAUCUGUGACAGAAAAUUAAAAAACUAACAGCUUCCGGUAGCUCGCGGUGGCCGCUUGAGCUGCGUUGCUGAACGUUUUUCCGGAAGUCGUCAUUUUUCGCGCGAAGUGAAUAUUUUUGUUGAUUUAAGUUUUGCAACUUUUUGCUGAACAAAUUACUGUGACUGUGCUGGUUUUAGUGGAUUGGAUUUUAUAGACACGAUUUCAGUGCACUGUGGAUAAACUUUGACUCUGAUAUUUGCGCACAGCAGAUUUUUUUGAAGAUAUCGUCCGGAGUGCGAUGCUCGCGUGACCGCCGCCAUGAUCCGAGACCCGCCUGCGAUGCACAAGCCUGACACCGCCACCAGUCAGCAAGACGAAAACAAAUACACCCUAGGCGUCACCAGCAACACGAGCGGCGCGCGGCUCUGCGCACAAUGCGGGAAGGUCAUCACGGAGAGGUUCCUCCUGAAGGCCAUGGAGAGGUUCUGGCACGAGGACUGCCUGAAAUGCGGCUGUUGCGACUGCCGGCUCGGCGAGGUGGGGUCCAAGCUUUAUUACAAGGCUGAUCUGAUGCUGUGCAAGCGGGAUUAUCUUAGGUUAUUCGGCGCCACCGGCAACUGUGUGGCGUGCAACAAGGUGAUACCGGCGUUCGAGAUGGUGAUGAGGGCGAAAAGCUUCGUCUAUCAUCUGGAGUGCUUCGCCUGCCAACAGUGCAAUCACAGGUUUUGCGUAGGCGACAGGUUCUACCUGUGCGACAACAAGAUCCUGUGCGAGUACGACUACGAGGAGCGGCUGGUGUUCGCCAGCAUGGCCGCCAACCCGAGCGGCCUGGCGCACAUCCGCCGCCAGGUCAGCGGCCUGCAGUCCCCAAGCGGCGGCUACAACGCAGCGUGCGCGGGCGGCGCGGCGGCGGCGGACAAGGACGGCGGCGGGUGCGCGGGCGCAGACGACGCGUCCAGCGGCUACGGCAGCCCGCCCGACCCCGACGUGUGCGACGCCGCGCGAUGACCGACACUGCCGCGCCGACUUCUCGCUUCGGUAAAGCCUCACUAGAAGGGCCGCGGCCCGCAGGCGGUCGGGAGUUGACGGGCGCCACAAUACUUCAUCAUCACGCAUUCACCAUCUCCACUAUAACGAUAGCUUCAAUUUAAACCACAAAUCUACACCGAAUUUAUUUACGGCUAGCCAAGAUUAUCUUAUUCAUGAUUCGCUCUAAACACUUCUGAUGCAUGUCUAACCACCGAAUCCUGAAGAUUAAAAUAAUAAUGAAUAAACAGCUUUCAAAACUUAAAAUCCGAAGUCAAGUAUGACCUUGUAUUGAUCUUCAGCCCGUAAUCAUCCACUUUUAGACAUAGGCCUAUCCCAUAGUUAUCAAAGUUUAUUAUGUUUUUUUCAAGUUUCAAUAUCUUAAUGCUAUAAAUCUCUAUCGCGUGGUUACGUGGCUGAGGCUAUUUCCGAGUCGGUGGUUAGAUGUGUAUCAGGCUUUAUUUUAGCUCUGGGUAUAAUGUGGGCACUUUAGAAUGUCCGGACGGAUUGCGAUACCGGUGUCAGAACAUGAUAUUUCCAUUAUGUAUACGAUUUGAAAACUUGUUUACAUUUUGAGAUAGCGCGCCGGCACACACUCCAGCUGCUAUCUGCAAAUAGUCUCACUCUAUCUUUACUUCUGCAGUUUAAAUUAAAGUGAUAAUGAUAACACUAAUGUAAAUUUAUAUUUCCUUUUUAAGUUGUUGUUUACAAAUUCGUUGCCUAAAUUCUCUGAUGCAACGAUUCAAGUCCAGACACUAAAUUCUAUUGUUUAUUGUAAGUGAAUUCGAUCUCAUUGUUGUGAAAAAUGUACAGUUAGUGAAGAUAAUUAUUGUUAUCAUACAAGGUAUGAACUUUGAGCGCUGUUUUUUGGAUCGGUUAGUGUUUUUUUAUGUUAUUUGUACCAAAGAUGAUUUUUUUCGUUGAAUUGUUCAGUUGUGGUUACACAGACGCCGUGUUUUGUUCAGUUGGCGGCGUGAGUGUCGCCAUCUAGUGUUGUCUGUCGCGCUCAGUUUGUAGAUAGUGGGUAGUUAGUAAUAUUGGUACAUGGAUGAGGUGCAAUGGUUAGUUAAUAACAUGAUAGAGACAUAAACUUGUUAACUGCGCGUAUAUUUAUGUUUCUCGGCCAUAGCUUGGAUCACUUGGAUAUGGAUAGUAUGGAUACGACCACAACUUCUAUCCGAUCUUAAUUCAAACUCGUGCUAAAUACGUUAUUUCUAUUAAAAGAUAAUAAAAUUAAAUCUAGUUGUAAGUAUAAGAAGAUGCUAUAAUUCUCCUACUUUUAAGACGCUGUAAAAUAAAAGUUUCUACUAUAAAAUGAUGUAUUUAUAUGUAAAAAUUUGAACUGUAAUUAGGAACGAAAUUAUUGUAAAAUAUGUACGUUUGAACCUUUCAUCGAAAUCGACAGAAUUACAUAACACGCUUCAUCAUUUGAUCGUUAUACUUGUGUAAAUAAAUAUAUUUAUUUAAUGAUUCAAA